UAUAAACACCGAUUUCGUCCCGUAAUAUCCGGUUGAUUGGAGCGAGAUAAAUCCAUCCCAAUUACUCCUCUCCGUAAAUCCUUUGCCCUCUAUCUACUAGUAGUACCAAAUAUAAAAAAGAGGCAGUCCAGUCCAGGGCAGGGCCGUCGUACAUGCAAACAGCUUUUCCUUUUGAGGCCGUGCUUGCGUCCUUGAGAGUUCAGACUCUGGAGGGUCCAGAGCUUCCGUUAUCCCCCAGGAAGGAAGAGCGAGGAGCAGCAAUUCAUCCUUCUUGCCACUAAACCGGCGAUUCGGUGGCCGAUCAAGGUGUUCGUGGAGGAGGAUCAUACAAGUCGAUCGGGCGUUCGGAGGACACUGCUGGGAGGAUGUUGACCAGAAGACUGCAGGGGUGCAGCAGCGUUCUUCUGCUCGUGUUUCUCAUUCUCGCCAACGCGUCAGGCACCUUCUCUGAAGAACAAGAAGCUGCUGAGGAGAGCAGGAGGCGGUCGCUGGCGACGGGGCAGUUCUGCGUGGCGAAGCAGGGCGCGGACCCAACCGCGCUGCAGACUGGGCUCAACUACGCGUGCGGCCCCGGCCACGCCGACUGCGGCCCCAUCCAGCCCGGCGGCAAGUGCUACAAGGCCAACGACCUGCCGGGGCUCGCCUCCUACGCCUACAACGACUACUUCCAGCGCAACGCCGCCUCCGGCGCCAGCUGCAACUUCAGCGGCACCGCCGUCACCACCUCCGACGACCCCAGCUCGGGGCAGUGCGUCUUCACCGGAAGCUCCAUGGCGGGAGGCUCCAACGGCACGACGCCGGCGGCGAGCGCCCCUACCAGCCUCUUCCCGCCGUCGACCUUCACGCCGGGCUUCGGAGGGGGGCCCACCAGCUCCUUGACCCCUCUGGGGGACGACGCGGACAGCGUCAUGGCCGGCGCUCGCCGGGCGCUCUGCGUGCUGCUGCUCCUGCUGCCGCUCUUCCUCUUCUGAUCGACGCCUCCGCUCGACUGUAAAUUCUACUCCAUGGCAUGGCAUUCGUUGCAUUUUACUAGGGAAUAUUACUAUCAGGUCACAUGAGAGGGAGGGUCUCUAGAGUGUCGUCAUCUUUACAUGUUUUUUGUUCUUCAGAAGUAAACCAUAUGUGGGUGUACAUGUCAGGUCGGAUCUUCUAUAAACCAAACUAUACUAUAUGUAAAGGAUGUUUUUCCCUUCCUGAAAUCUAAAAA